UCCUCAUCCCGCUCACUCUGAAUCUGAAGGAUUCUUCUCUUCUCUUCUCUUCUCUUCUCUAAAACCCUCAACCAUGUAUCUAUACAGUCUCACCCUACAGCGACCCACCGGCAUCGUCUGCGCCAUCAACGGCAACUUCUCCGGCGGCAAGGUACAAGAAAUCGCCGUCGCCAGAGGCAAGGUUCUCGAUCUCCUCCGCCCCGACGACAACGGCAGGAUCCAAACCAUCCUCUCCGUUGAGGUCUUCGGCGCCAUCAGGUCCCUCGCCCAGUUCCGCCUCACCGGCGCUCAGAAGGACUACAUCGUCGUCGGUUCCGACUCCGGCAGAAUCGUCAUCCUCGACUACAACAAGGAGAAGAAUGUCUUCGACAAAGUCCACCAGGAAACGUUCGGUAAAUCUGGCUGCCGACGCAUCGUCCCGGGGCAGUACCUCGCCGUGGAUCCCAAAGGCAGGGCCGUCAUGAUCGGUGCUUGUGAGAAGCAGAAGCUGGUUUAUGUGCUGAAUAGGGAUACUGCUGCUAGGUUAACGAUUUCUUCCCCUUUAGAAGCUCAUAAGUCUCAUACUUUAGUUUUUUCCAUUUGUGGGGUUGAUUGUGGUUUUGAGAACCCCAUUUUUGCUGCUAUAGAGUUGGAUUACUCUGAGGCUGAUCAGGAUUCUACUGGUAUGGCUGCUUCUGAAGCUCAGAAGCAUUUGACUUUCUAUGAGCUUGAUUUGGGUCUCAACCAUGUUUCUAGGAAGUGGUCUGAUCAGGUUGAUAAUGGUGCUAAUUUGCUUGUUACUGUUCCUGGUGGUGCUGAUGGCCCUAGUGGGGUGCUUGUUUGUGCUGAGAAUUUUGUUAUUUAUAAGAAUCAGGGGCAUCCUGAUGUUAGGGCUGUGAUUCCUCGACGUGCUGAUUUGCCGGCUGAGCGUGGGGUUCUUAUUGUGUCGGCUGCCAUGCAUAAGCUCAAGACCAUGUUCUUCUUCCUGCUGCAGACUGAGUAUGGGGACAUUUUUAAGGUCACCUUGGAUAAUGAUGGUGACCAUGUAUCUGAGUUGAAGAUUAAGUAUUUUGAUACUAUUCCCGUUACGGCUUCCAUGUGUGUGCUGAAGUCAGGGUUCUUGUUUGCAGCCUCUGAGUUUGGAAACCAUGCUUUGUAUCAGUUUAAGGCAAUAGGGGAUGAUGAUGAUGUGGAGGCUUCGUCUGCUACGCUGAUGGAAACUGAAGAAGGUUUUCAGCCGGUGUUUUUCCAGCCCAGAAGGCUGAAGAACCUUGUUAGGAUUGAUCAGGUUGAGAGUUUAAUGCCAGUUAUGGAUAUGAAGGUCAGUAACCUCUUUGAAGAGGAAACUCCUCAGAUUUUUACACUCUGUGGCCGUGGUCCUCGAUCCACUCUGAGGAUUUUGAGAACUGGUUUAGCUGUUAGUGAGAUGGCAGUUUCCAGGCUUCCUGGUGUACCUAGUGCUGUUUGGACUGUUAAGAGGACUGUGUUUGAUGAGUUUGAUGUGUAUAUCGUUGUUUCGUUCACAAAUGCCACGCUUGUGCUUUCCAUUGGUGAGACAGUUGAAGAAGUUGAUGACAGUGGAUUUCUUGACACUACUCCCUCCCUCGCCGUGUCUUUGAUAGGUGAAGAUUCUCUGAUGCAGGUCCACCCGAAUGGUAUUAGGCACAUUAGGUCGGAUAGGCGUGUGAAUGAGUGGAGAACUCCUGGAAAGAGGACGAUUUCAAAAGUAGGAUCAAACAGACUUCAAGUGGUUAUUGCACUGAGUGGAGGGGAGCUUAUCUAUUUUGAAGUGGAUGUAACUGGUACUGGUCAGUUGUUGGAGGUGGACAAGCAUGAAAUGUCUGGAGAUGUUGCUUGUUUGGACAUUGCUCCAGUGCCUGAAGGCAGGCAAAGGUCUCGUUUUCUUGCAGUUGGCUCAUAUGACAAGACAAUUCGAAUCUUAUCACUGGAUCCCGAUGAUUGUAUGCAGACACUGAGUGUACAAGGCGUUUCUUCACCUCCAGAGUCUCUACUUUUCCUCGAAGUCCAAGCAUCUGUUGGUGGUGAGGAUGGUGCAGAUCAUCCUGCUAGCCUUUUCCUGAACGCUGGUUUACAGAAUGGUGUCUUAUUUAGGACUGUGGUGGAUAUGGUUACAGGUCAGCUUUCUGAUUCUCGUUCCAGAUUCUUAGGAUUGAGAGCCCCAAAACUUUUUCCCAUUGUUGUAAGAGGGAAGCGUGCUAUGCUUUGCUUAUCAAGUCGACCUUGGCUAGGUUAUAUUCACCAAGGACAUUUCCUUUUAACACCCCUUUCAUAUGAAACCCUUGAAUAUGCUGCCUCUUUUUCAUCUGACCAAUGUGUGGAAGGUGUAGUUUCUGUUGCUGGUGAGGCAUUGAGAAUUUUUACCAUUGAAAGAUUAGGAGAAACAUUCAAUGAGACUGUAAUUCCGCUAAGAUACACACCAAGGAAAUUUGUGCUACAACCCAAACGGAAGCUUUUGGUGAUGAUUGAGAGCGAUCAAGGAGCUUUUACGGCAGAAGAGCGUGAAGCUGCAAGGAGAGAAUGUUUUGAGGCUGCUCAAGCUGGGGAAAAUGGGAAUGGAAAUGCAGACCAAAUGGAGAAUGGUGGGGAGGAUGAGGAUAGAGAUGAUCCGCUCUCGGAUGAGCAUUAUGGUUAUCCUAAAGCUGAAUCAGACAAGUGGGUUUCCUGCAUCAGAGUUCUUGAUCCUAGGUCAGGAACUACAACCUGUCUCUUGGAGCUUCAGGAGAAUGAGGCCGCAUUCAGCAUAUGCACAGUAAAUUUCCAUGAUAAGGAAUAUGGAACUCUUUUAGCUGUUGGCACUGCAAAGGGACUGCAAUUUUUGCCUAAAAAGAGUUUAGCUGCCGGAUUUAUUCAUAUAUAUAGGUUUGUAGACGAGGGAAGAUCUCUUGAACUUCUUCACAAAACCCAGGUUGAAGGUGUUCCUCUUGCUCUAUGUCAGUUUCAAGGAAGAUUACUUGCAGGAAUAGGACCUGUGCUCAGGCUAUAUGAUCUAGGAAAAAGGAGAUUAUUAAGAAAAUGUGAGAAUAAGCUAUUCCCAAACACAAUUGUCUCUAUUCAGACAUAUCGUGAUCGAAUUUAUGUUGGUGACAUCCAAGAGUCUUUCCAUUAUUGCAAGUAUAGAUGGGAUGAAAACCAACUUUACAUAUUUGCUGAUGAUUGCGUUCCAAGAUGGCUUACUGCUUCAUACCACAUAGAUUUCGACACCAUGGCUGGUGCAGACAAGUUUGGAAAUAUCUAUUUUGUGCGGUUGCCGCAGGAUGUUUCUGAUGAGAUAGAAGAAGAUCCUACUGGUGGGAGGAUCAAGUGGGAGCAGGGAAAGCUGAAUGGAGCUCCCAAUAAGAUGGAAGAAAUUGUACAAUUUAAUGUUGGUGAUGUGGUCACAAGCUUGCAAAAGGCAUCUCUUAUACCUGGUGGUGGAGAGUGUAUUGUAUAUGGAACAAUUAUGGGAAGUAUUGGGGCAUUGCAUGCUUUUACUUCACGUGAUGAUGUUGAUUUCUUUUCUCAUUUGGAGAUGCAUCUGAGGCAGGACUAUCCACCUUUGUGUGGAAGAGAUCACAUGGCUUAUAGAUCUGCCUAUUUUCCCGUUAAGGAUGUGAUUGAUGGUGAUCUAUGCGAGCAAUUCCCAACAUUGCCAAUGGAUUUGCAGAGAAAAAUUGCUGAUGAAUUAGACAGAACUCCGGCAGAGAUACUGAGAAAACUAGAGGAAGUGCGAAAUAAGAUUAUUUAAGAAAUGAUCAUCUCAGAGGCGAUAACGGAACUGUUUAUCGUUUGCCCAUAGUUAGUCACUAACCAAGUGAAGAAAGCUCGUGUUUCCCAUUCAUACGGGGAAGCAAUGAUUUCUUGUGCGCUACUUUAUGCAAGAGGGAAGAUUCGUCCGUGACUAUUUGUACUCUGUAUUGUUAACAUGAAACCCAUAUCCUCGGUUGGCAAUUUAUGUUGUAAUUAAUCGUAAUUUUUUUGUUCUGUUAAUUAAGGAAGGGUUUGGAAAACCACUUCUCCGGUUUGUAACUUUUCGAGACAAAACCUAAGGAUGAACACAUCUUUCAAUGAAAAGAGGUUUUUUUAGUUUCAA